AUGGCGGUGUCGAGGAGUUUUGUUCGAUUGUGGAUAAUUUUUCUAUUUGGAAGUCAUCUGAUUACUGCAGGUGCGUAAAGAGUCUCUAUAUUUUUGUAUUUAAGUCUGUUACUGAGAAUGGAUGCCUUAAAUACAUGUAAAUCUUUAGUUUGAAGCUUAUUUCUACGAAUGCGGAAGCUAACAAACAAACAAAACAGCUGUAGAUUUAAGUUUUAACUUCCAGGUGCUCAUACAUGUAAGUACCUUUUCCCUCAAAAUCUGCUGCCUGAUUUUCUUUUGUCCAAAUGUUAACCCUUCAUUCAGUUUUAAAAGUGGCCAAGUCAAAUUCACCAAAAUUUCCAAAAAUGCUGUAAAACAAAUAGUACCUUAUGAAAGUAUUGCUGAAGGCGCUUCAUAUGACUGGCGAUCAAUUUAGGUUUUAGGGAAACUGCCCACCUACUCCUCCCCUAAGCUAACAUUUUGCCCUAGAGGAGAAGUAAGUGUUAAUGUAACCUUAAGGAAGGGGUAGGGGCACACUGUACCAGAUGGCUCUUUAUGCCGCUAUGAUAAGCUAUUCAGUAUAGGUAUGAACACCUAUCGGAUAUGUGACUCUCCACUUUAUAGAUUAGCGCAGCACAGCUUCUCUCCGUCACAGAAAUCGCGCCAAUCUCACCGUCCUUGUAUGUGAACAGAAGCCCUAUCUGGUAUGAUUUUUGUGCUGGCGAAAAAGCUGUCCAGUGAAGUGUGGACAUGGCUUAUGACUCAAAAGUUUAACACAUUACAAGACCCUCUCAUUCAUAAUAGAAGAAAGAGGGUUACAGCUUGAUCAGGACUACAAUGAGGUUAUGAUAAUUUUUUUAGCUCUAGGUUGGGGCAGCAGUGACAAGAUAAAAUUGACAGAUGUCAAUGUCAUCACAUUACAGCAAGGUAAAAUGACAAAUUCCCGUCGUACUCACCCUGUCCCUCAGUUACAGUGUGUCGGUGGGACAGCAGGCUGUUCAGGUUUCACUCCAAGAGUUGUUCAGUGCUAUAACAGAGGAUCUGAUGGCUAUGAUGUGCAGGUACAAUCAUUUUUUUCUUGUAUUAUUUUUCACACAUGCAAACCAGCACCAUGCAUUAACGUGAGGUAAUGAAAUCCAGCAUUUUGGGAUGCAGGAUAUGUAAUUGUGCAUGCAUUUAUCUCACUGUGGUUGCAUUUGCACUGGACAUGUGAACUUCUCUUGCACUUGAUCUAUGAGCUUGCACUUGCAUUUGACUCGCUGGAUCAGCAUAAAAUUCAGGAAGGUUCACCUACCCUCCAUAAGCCAACAUUUUGCCCUCAGUGAGAAGUUAGUUAUAACAUUGAGUUAGGGGAGGGGUAGGUGGGGAGCUUAGUUUGAACCAGCCCACCAAUUUUCAAAUUUUUCUCAAAGUUUCUGAACUCAGUGAUUUAUUUCCACAGUGGGAGUGUAAAGCAGAUAUGGACAGCCGCUAUAGAUUUGGUGACAUUGCUGUCAAUUGUGAAGGAUACAAUUAUCCAGAUGAUCCAUAUGUCCUGAAAGGCUCUUGUGGGGUAGGUCUCAAAAUUUUUCUAAUAAUAUACUAGUUGACAGAUGACAGUCAAAGUACCCCACUUCACACACAUUUAUUAAAUCACCAAAAAAAACCUUUAAUAAUAUAAGAUCAACACUUCCUUUGUAGCUGGAGUACACAAUUGAUGUUGUUGACGGAGGUCAUAACUACCAUUAUUCAGGUCACAGGGACCAUGGUCACCAUGGUUACAACCAUAAUUACCACUCAAGAAGGUAAAUCGUAUUUUUUUAUGAUUGUGUAUAUAAGUGCCUAACACACUUGCCAGUGUAGGAAGUAAUACAGACCUCGCCAUCUCCCUUAUAUUUUUUAUUAAGGUGUCCAGUUAACGAAUAAGAGUGUAUUGAGAGGUUAGUCACUCUCUCCUCCUCAGAGCCUCCCGCUGGGUAUCCCAGUGAAAAUAGAAAUAAGCAUGCAGGGGACAGUGGGGAGAGAGAAAAGGUGGGUGCCUCGACUCACUUCCUCUCUGCCUAACAUCCCCCAUGUGCUUUCCUAUAUUCCUCUCCCCCAGCCUCCCUGUGACACAAAGAGGACUCUGGGGGUGAGAGGGUUUGUCAAUCACCGGCGGGAAGGAUGAAUUUAACAAGCAUAUGAGGGUAUUAUAUUGCAGAUCUUAUUUUGCAGACAUUCAGGAAGCUGGAUUGGUACCAUCAUUAUGUGGGCCAUUAUUGCUUUGAUUGCAUAUUACAUUUAUCAGCACUGGACAGGCAAUACUGCAGGACAGUAUCCUUUUACGCCUCAAAACAACUGUAAAAUAUUAACUUUUUUCCCAAUAAUUUUAAUUUUAUUGUUGCUGGCAUGAGUAACAAAGGGUUGGUCUUAAUUGUAAUCUCCAGCUUGCUGUUACACAUGUGCAGGACCUCCACUAAGAAUGAGUGAAAUGCAUAGAAUGCAAUCUGAUCACGCAUGUUUGAACCUUCUACCACUUGUAACAUGAUCACACACAUUUUAACCAUUUUCUAGGCAAAGCACUGGGUUGGAGCAAGAGUGUUUGCAUCAGUCUCGCGUGCACUUCGUAACGUUUCAAUAGAUCGUUUCAGUUAAGUUUAACCCACCAAUGGCAAACAUUGUUGUCCAGACAGUUCCAAGUAGAGGGAGAGAAAACUUAUGAAGGCAGCAACAGAUUAGAUUAAAAGCAGGUCUCAGUCAUGCAUUGCAGCAAUGUGUGUGAGUAGCCAGCUCUUUAGUGGCAGCCAUACAGUGGUUUUCACUUUUCUUUGCAGCUUCCCAGGGAACCUUGAACAAUACUAGCUAAUACCUCGUGUAGUUCCUCCUUAACUUGUUGUUCUCAGUACUCAAAGCCCUGGAGGUUACUCCCAGUCAACCAGUCCCCCUCCACCAGGAUUUAGGCCUGAGUAUACUAUGCCAGGUAUGGGCUAUGUUAAGUCAUAGUUAGUAGCCUAACUAUGGUUAAGUCAUUUCUCUUAAAGACUGAUAGAUGUGUGUCUUAGUGAGCUUUAUUAUAGAAGAACUGCCGGGACCAGCACUGGGUGUCCAUCUUGGACAGGUGCCUGCCUCACAGAGUGUUAACCAUUAGGGCGCUUGUGCAAGCACGCCAGCGACGUUAAAAAGUGCGUACAUAGCGCUUUUUUGUACAUUUCCUUGCCGUGACGUUUCACGACACGACUUGAAACUUCCUGAUCUCACGUUUCUAUGGAGGACGAAACCACAAAAUAACAACUUUCUUUUUCUUCGAAACUUAGAUACCGUUCUUCCGAAUUUAACUCCAAAACACAACUCGCCAACGAUUAAUUUUUGAAAAAUUGAAUGAGCUGAAAUAAGAGCGAUGAAGUUUGAAACAGCGUGAAUUUAGAUGUUUUAAGUGACGUUUUCGCCGUUCUCGCCGUCGUGGUUGCUUACGCUGGUAUCAGGUCGUUUCGCCCGAAGGUCGGUUCGCCCAAUAGCAGUUCGCCCAAUAGCAGUUCGCCCAGACUAAUUUUCUUCCGAAAGACGGUGCUUGUGACGGCUGUAAGCAAGAAUUAGUGUCAAAUAUCAAAUUUUGUGAGUAAAAGGGCGUCAAAACCGCAAAAGCCAGGUGGGAAAAAGCAUCAAAUUGUUCUAUCCUGAUGGAUACCUCUUUUGUUACAAAUUAUAAUGUUAACAGAUUUAUGAAUCAACUUUUUCCUACUACACUGGAGUUAUAAUUUUAUGUGCUGUAUAAAUGUUUUUUCAGGAAGUGAACACACAACAACAUAUGCAACUCCGACAGGUGCAGGGACUGGAGGGGGAUUUUGGUCAGGUAAAUUGAAGUUUAACUUAGACUCAGGGCGCUAAAAUUUUGGAGAAAUUAUCGUCGGUAGUGUGUCGAUUUCUACAGAUCUGCAUGGUAGCUUUAGACUAUUUUUGUUUACAAAAGGCCAGAAAGUAUUGGAGAACCUUACCGUUGAGAUGCGUCAGACUUUUUGAAGAUCAUCAACCCAGCAACUUCGAAAAUCAUCCGAAAUCUCUAGAGUGCUUCGGCAAAAUUCGGACGAAAGCCAGCAGUGUACAGCACCAUAAGUGGGUCGAGGGAAUCCCCACGAUUAACUGUUCAACGCUGUUUUUGUCCAAUCAUUUUUUCCCGAAAAUUUGGCCAACAAAUGUUACUGUGACAAAAAUUUACGUAAUGUAACUUAAAUUACAUAAUGUCUUUUUAUUUAAGGAGCUGCUACUGGUGGACUGCUUGGAUAUUUGUUUGGAAGUUCAGGGUAAGAAUAGAUUUUCCACUUCAUCCCAAAAUGCCAACAAGAAACUUACCUCCCAGGCAGUGCUUAAUCUCGCGGCUUUGCAGAAGCGGGCUAAGCAACUAAGCAACAGUUAAAUACACUGAGUUUUAAAAUUUUGUUAUUGUUUUCACUCUUUAAGGCAUCGAAACCAGUACUACAAUGGUCACGGUUACUAUGGACCGAGAUACCACCAGCCGAGGCCUGGGUAUGGCUUUGGCGGAUCAAGCUGGUUUGGCUCCAAUAACAGCUGGACCUCUGGCUGGUCCUCAAGUGGUACACACAGGAGAAGCCCUAGUCCUCCGAGUACCCGGACCGCCUCAGGUAAAUACAUCCCAGCUUCUGUCCUCAGUCCCCUCAGUCAUUUACAAAUGGCAUAAAAUGUUGAAAAGACUUCGAUCUCGCUAGGCCUCGCAGAACAUGCUCAGUAUCGUUUUUCUCUGUAGAAUGCUGACGAACCCGUGUUUUUUGUUUUGUUUAACAGGCUUUGGUGGGACCAAGCGCCGCUGA